CUGAAUAGUUCAUUUUUCACCUUCCCAAGUUCCCGGUCUUCAAGGCCCUCAAAUCUCAAGCCUGUUCCGUCUCCUCUCCUGCGCCGUUCAUCUCCAUCCCUCGACCAGUCACUCUUCCCCGUUUCCCCGAUCAAUCGAUCGCCGGAAUCAUGUAUAGAACAGCGGCUUCUCGCGCCAGAUUCCUCAAGGGCCGGUCCAGCAAUAGGUUGUUGACCAGAUUUGCAAGUUCUACUGCUGUAGCAACGAAACCAUCCAUUGGCGGCUUAUUUAGUUGGUUGACUGGCGAACGAUCUACUUCCCUUCCUCCUCUGGAAUUGCCACUCAAGGAUAUUACCCUGCCACCCCCAUUACCUGAUCGUGUUGAACCAGGGAAGACAAAAAUCACGACAUUGCCAAAUGGCAUCAAAAUUGCUUCAGAAGCAUCAGCGAGUCCUGCUGCAUCUGUUGGGUUAUAUGUCAACAGUGGCUCAAUUUAUGAAACACCAGACACAUUUGGUGCCUCACAUCUUUUGGAACGCAUGGCCUUCAAGAGCACAUUGAACCGUAGCCACUUGCGUAUUGUGCGAGAAGUCGAAGCUAUUGGUGGUACCGUUCAAGCAGCUGCCUCAAGAGAACAAAUGUCAUACACUUAUGAUGCUUUGAAAUCGUAUGUUCCGCAAAUGGUGGAAUUGCUUAUAGAUGCAGUGAGAAAUCCAGCCUUUUUGGAUUGGGAAGUUAAAGAGCAGCUUGAGAAAAUGAAACCCGAGAUAGCCGAGUUCUCCAAGAACCCACAAGCAUUACUUUUGGAGGCAAUUCACUCUGCAGGUUAUGCUGGACCUUUUGGGAACCCUCUUAUGGCUAGUGAAGCCUCAAUUAACAAGUUGGACGGCACUGCUUUGGAGGAGUUUGUUGCUGAUAAUUACACUGCCUCUAGAAUGGUACUUGCCGCAUCAGGUGUUGAACAUGAGGAAUUGUUGAGGAUUGCAGAACCACUGCUAUCUGACUUACGUAGUGAGCCUCACCAUAAGGAACCUAAGCCAGUAUAUGUAGGAGGUGACUAUCGAUGUCAGGCUGAACCAGGGACUACUCAUUUUGCCCUUGCUUUUGAAGUUCCUGGUGGCUGGAAAAAGGAAAAGGAUGCAAUGACUUUGACUGUUCUCCAGAUGCUUAUGGGAGGGGGUGGUUCUUUCUCUGCUGGUGGUCCUGGAAAGGGAAUGUAUUCAAGGCUAUACCUCCGCGUCUUGAAUGAGUACCCACAGGUCCAAGCAUUUUCUGCAUUCAGCAGCAUUUACGAUAGCUCCGGACUGUUUGGAAUUCAGGCAACCACUUCAUCUGAGUUUUCAUCAAAAGCUGUUGAUAUUGCAGUCAAAGAGCUUAUUGCUAUUGCUAAUCCUGGUGAAGUUGACCAGAAGCAGCUUGAUCGUGCUAAACAGGCAACAAGAUCUUCCAUUCUAAUGAACUUAGAAUCUAGGAUGGUUGCUUCAGAAGACAUAGGCCGACAAAUUUUGACAUAUGGGGAGAGGAAACCAGUGGACCAUUUCUUGAAAGCCAUUGAAGAAGUUUCCGCAAAGGAUAUUGCAUCAAUUGCCCAGAAACUCAUAUCGUCUCCUCUCACCAUGGCGUCAUAUGGAGAUGUUCUUGAUAUUCCGAGCUAUGACAAUGUUAGCAGCCGGUUCCGGUCCGUAUAAUUUCCUCAGCCACUUCCAGUCCAAAUAAUUUUUUCCCUUUUUCUUUCUCCUUCCAGAAUGGGUCACUCAGGGGUUAAUACCUUUUUAUAUUUUUGCACAUUUGAGAGUUUUUGAGCUGCCUCUCGGCCAUAUUUAUGGAAAAUAAGCAAAUAUUUCAUAUACUCUCUAGAUGAAAUCUUAGUUUCUGGCUACGGCACGAUUUGAUUAUUGUAUGGUUAAUGUAAUUGCUUAUUAAGGUGUUUGUUUUGUGACAUUUCUUGAUCGAAACGUGCGUUGUUGAGAUGAUCUCAUC